AGCGCUCGAACGGGAGUAGAGAGAGAGAGAGAGAGAGAGAGAGAGAGAUAGAUAGAGCUUUUAGAGAGAGAGAGAGAGAGAGAGAGCACGGCGGCGGCGGCGGCGGCGAAGGUGGCGGCGGGGGCGGCGGGGGCGGCGAUGGCGGAGGGGCACCAGUUCAACAACAUCCUUCUUGGCGGCCGCGGCGGCACCAACCCAGGCCAGUUUAAGGUGCAUUCGGGGGGAUUUGCAUGGAGGAAGCAAGGCGGUGGAAAGAUCAUCGAGGUCGACAAAUCCGAUAUUUCUUCUUUGACCUGGAUGAAAGUGCCUAGGGCAUAUCAGCUCGGUGUCAGGAUCAAAGAUGGCUUGUUUUAUAAGUUCAUUGGCUUUCGUGAGCAGGAUGUGAGUACUUUGACAAGUUAUAUACAAAAAAAUAUUGGGGUGACGCCAGAAGAGAAGCAGCUUUCUGUCAGUGGACAUAAUUGGGGUGGUGUUGAUAUAAAUGGCAAUAUGCUUACCUUCAUGGUUGGCUCAAAACAAGCAUUUGAAGUCUCCCUAGCAGAUGUUGCACAAACCCAGUUGCAAGGAAAAACAGAUGUCUACUUAGAAUUCCAUGUUGAUGACACCACUGGGGCUAAUGAGAAAGAUUCUUUGAUGGACUUAAGUUUUCAUGUCCCUACUUCCAACACCCAGUUCGUUGGUGAUGAAAAUCGACCCCCGGCUCAGGUUUUGCUAGAUAAAAUAUCGAAACUGGCAGAUGUUGGAUCUUCUGAGGAGGCUGUCGUUACAUUUGAAGGAAUCGCAAUUCUCACGCCUAGAGGGCGGUAUAGUGUUGAGCUUCAUCUAUCAUUCUUGCGUCUUCAGGGGCAGGCUACUGAUUUCAAAAUCCAAUAUAGCAGUGUUGUUCGACUCUUUCUAUUGCCAAAGUCCAAUCAACCUCAUACUUUUGUUGUAGUCACCCUUGACCCACCAAUUCGCAAAGGACAAACAUUAUACCCACAUAUUGUUAUUCAGUUUGAAACAGAUACCGUGGUUGAAAGGAACCUUUCACUGAGCGGGGAACUGUUGGCUAGUAAAUACAAGGACAGACUAGAUUCUUCAUAUAAGGGCCUAAUUCAUGAGGUUUUCACUAAGAUUUUGCGUGGUGUAUCUGGCGCCAAAGUGACAAGACCAGGUUCAUUCCGCAGUUGCCAAGAUGGAUAUGCAGUUAAAUCUUCACUUAAAGCUGAAGAUGGUUUGCUGUAUCCGCUCGAGAAGGGAUUCUUCUUUCUACCUAAACCUCCUACACUUAUUCUUCAUGAUGAGAUCGAGUACGUGGAAUUUGAACGACAUGGUGCGGGAGGCUCAAGUGUGUCAUCUCACUACUUUGAUCUCCUCGUCAAACUUAAAAACGACCAAGAACAUCUAUUCAGAAAUAUUCAGAGGAAUGAAUAUCACAACCUAUUUAACUUCAUUAGUGGGAAGGGCUUGAAGAUCAUGAACCUUGGAGAUGUGCAAGCUACUACUGGGGUUACAUCUGUUCUUCAGAAUGCUGAUGAUGAUGCUGUCGAUCCACAUCUUGAGCGAAUUAAAAAUGAAGCAGGUGGAGAGGAGAGUGAUGAAGAGGAUGAAGAUUUUGUUGUUGAGAAGGAUGAUGGUGGAUCUCCUACUGAUGAUUCUGAUGAAGAAGAAUCUGAUGCUAGUGAAAGUGGAGAUGAAAAAGAAAAAUCUGCUGCUAAAGAAUCAAAAAAGGAAGCUAAGGCUUCGUCUUCUAAAAGGAAACCCAAGGAUGGAGAUGAAGAUAGUUCAAAGAAGAGAAGGCAGAAGAAGAAGAAAGAUCCUAAUGCACCAAAAAGGGCGAUGUCGGGCUUCAUGUUUUUCUCGAAUGCGGAAAGAGAUAAUAUAAAGAAAAGCAUUCCUGGUUUGUCCUUCACCGAAGUCGGGCGAGCGCUUGGGGAGAAAUGGAAGAAGAUGUCAGCUGAGGAGAAAGAGCCGUAUGAGGCAAUGGCUCGAGCAGAUGCUAAGCGUUACAAGGAGGCCAUGGCUGGAUAUAAGAGCGGUGCCUCUGCCAUUAAUGUGGACUCGGGUAACGAGUCUGAUUAAUUUAAGAAUGGUUUAAUACCAGUAUAUGCUGAUUCUGGUAGCAGUUGAGACUCGCAAUUUUGUUCAGCGCUUCAUAAUUUAAAGUGCGCCCUAAUCAUUAAAAGAGUGAACUUUGUUAUAAAGAUGAUAUUUCUAGUGAAAUAGUGUGUUGAAUCCUCCUAAUGAAGUUGUUCCUGUCUGUCCUUUUAUCAUACUA